UGUAGGAACAGGGUACCUCAUUUUUCAAUUUAGAUAAGGUUACAAAAUAAUAUCCUCCAACAGGUUAGUAGCCAAAGCACAACUAUGGCUACUCCACUCUCCACCAUCGUGGAUGUGUACUUCACAGACAGCAAAAGAACAAGGUUGAGCAUCACCACCACCACCCCUAGAAGAUUUUUCAUACACUGCACCACUUCCAAUUCCAUUCCAGAAGCUCCUCCCGCACCAGCUUCAGAUAACAACAAGAGCAAGAGCAAGAACAAGAACAAGAAGAACACUUCCCUGUCCGACCAACUCGCACCCCUUGCCAACAAGACCCUAUCUUCCACCACACGAGACCAACCCUACGCGUUUUCCAAGCCCAAAUCCACGUGGGUCAACCCCACCAAGGCCAAACGCAAUGUCUUGUCCCCUCAGAGGCAAAAACGCGAUUUUUACUCUCACAGUCCACAGUUGAGGGAUUUGAAACUCUUUGUUCAGAAGCUCAAUGAGUGUGAUAAGUCUUCCGAAGCUGAAUUUUUAACUUCUUUGGAGGAAAUCCCGCGUCCCCUUACUAGAGAAAACGCUCUUUUGAUACUAAACACGUUGAAGCCAUGGCAGAAGACUCUCCUUUUUCUGAAUUGGGUCAAGACCCAGAAUUUGCUUCCCAUGGAAACCAUAUUCUACAAUGUCACAAUGAAGUCUUUGCGGUUUGGGAAGCAGUUUGCUUUGAUUGAAGACCUUGCCCGCCAGAUGAUCGACACUGGGGUUGAACUUGAUAACAUCACAUACUCCACCAUCAUUUCAUGUGCCAAGAAGUGCAACCUCUUUGACAAGGCUGUGCACUGGUUUGAGAGAAUGUACAAGACCGGUUUGAUGCCUGAUGAGGUAACUUACUCUGCUAUCUUAGAUGUUUAUGCUAGGUUAGGCAAGGUUGAGGAGGUGAUAAGUUUGUAUGAGAGAGGUAGGGCUAGUGGGUGGCAGCCUGAUCCUAUUGCAUUCUCUGUGUUGGGGAAGAUGUUUGGUGAGGCUGGGGACUAUGAUGGCAUUAGGUAUGUGUUUCAAGAGAUGGAGUCUGUUGGGGUGCAGCCUAAUUUGGUUGUGUACAACACGUUGUUGGAGGCAAUGGGGAAGGCUGGGAAGCCAGGGUUUGCAAGGAGCCUGUUUGAGGAAAUGCUUGAGUCGGGGAUCGCACCGAAUGAGAAGACUCUGACCGCGGUUAUCAAGAUAUACGGCAAGGCGAGGUGGUCUCGUGAUGCGUUGGAGCUGUGGCGACGAAUGAAGGAGAAUGGCUGGCCUAUGGAUUUCAUCUUGUAUAACACAUUGUUGAAUAUGUGUGCUGAUGUUGGACUGGUGGAGGAAGCUGAAGCAUUGUUCAGGGACAUGAAGCAGUCUGAGCAUUGCAAGCCAGACAGUUGGAGUUACACGGCGAUGCUCAACAUUUAUGGGAGUCAAGGAGAUGUUGAUAAGGCAAUGAAGUUGUUUGAGGAGAUGUGUAAGUUGGGUGUGGAACUCAAUGUAAUGGGGUUUACCUGUAUGAUUCAGUGCUUGGGAAGGGCUAUGGAAUUUGAUGGUUUGGUGAGAGUCUAUGACAUUUCAGUUGAGAGAGGGAUUAAGCCAGAUGAUAGGCUGUGUGGUUGCUUGCUAUCUGUUGUGUCUCUGUCUCAGGGUAGCAAGGAUGAGGGGAAAGUCCUUGGUUGUUUGCAGCGAGCUAACCCAAAAUUGGUUGCUUUUAUUCGGUUGGUUGAAGAUGAAAAAACUAGUUUUGAGACUGUAAAGGAGGAGUUCAAGGGUAUCAUGAGCAAUGCAGCGGUUGAAGUGAGAAGACCCUUUUGUAACUGCUUGAUUGACAUAUGUAGAAACAAAGAUCUUCUAGGGAGAGCUCAUGAGCUACUCUACUUGGGAACCUUGUAUGGAUUCUACCCAGCUUUACACAACAAAACUGACGAAGAAUGGUGUUUAGACGUUCGAUCAUUGUCAGUUGGUGCAGCUCUAACUGCACUAGAAGAGUGGAUGUGGACACUCACCAAAAUUGUUAAGAGGGAGGAGAAACUGCCAGAGUUAUUCCUGGCACAAACUGGUACUGGUGCUCAUAAGUUUGCACAAGGACUUAACAUUUCCUUUGCCUCUCAUUUGAGGAAGUUAGCUGCUCCAUUUAAGCAGAGUGAGGAAAAAGUUGGUUGUUUCAUUGCAACCAGAGAGGAUUUAGUCUCUUGGGUGCUAUCAAAGUCUACAGCAGCUUCUGCUACAUGAUGAUGGUGGGAAAGCUCAAGUGACAUUCACCUUGUACGUUGUGGCUAAUAUAUAACACAAUGAUACUUGCAAGCCUAUUUACCACUUGAAAUAUCGAGAUGUUAAGUGUUGAAACCAGAGAUGGGAUGUAUAAUCUUCCCCUCAUUUCUUAGAAUGUAAACACGUCCUGAAAUUUACUAUUCUUUUUUAUUUCUCUUCAUGUUGUCGCUCUCCUUAAAGUCUGGGGCAAAGGCUGGAUGCAUUCUGCCAUGAAUCUACUAUUAUGCAAAUUGUUUCGA